AUGGCAAACUUUGGUAACGUUAAGCAGAGUCCAGGAUACGUCAAAUGUUCGAGUCAUUACGAUAUCCCACUGGGAUUGGACAUCCAAUUUGACAAGUGGGAUUUUUGUUUCCUGAUUCUUAUCAUUUUACCGAGAUUGUACAUUUACAUUGAAAACAUUGAUAGAGAUGUCUUCAGUAGCAGUAAUGGCUGGAAUGAUUCGACAAGUAGCAUCAGCAGUAGCAGCAGAUACAUCACUGUUGAAGUGUCAGGGUUAGGAGAGAAAUUGCUCGAAAUCGAAGAUGGGCCCAUUGUUAAUCCACAUAAUUUCAACUAUAAGCUCAAUCCUGGAUCCAUGAUUUGCUCUCUAGAAAGUGCAAGCCAGAAGCCUCUAAUUCUAAUCUACAUCCACUCAGACCCCUCCCACGACAAGAGGCGUCUUUUGAUCAGGGAAACGUGGGGAAGUCCGUACAAUUUUAAAGAUUUUGAAAUUAGGACGAUAUUCCUCUGUGGUAUAACUAAUAAUAACACAAUGCUUCAGGAGGCACUUGAAUUAGAAUAUGAUAGAUAUAGAGAUAUAGUGCAAGAGGAUUUCAUUGACACAUACAGAAACCUAACUUAUAAGGGCAUAAUGGCUUUGAAGUGGAUAUCACAAAAUUGUAUGAAGGCACUGCUUAUACUAAAAGCUGACGAUGACAUAUUUCUUAAUAUUUUUAAAUUGAUGUCUCGCUUAAACACAAUUAUGCAUGAUAAUGGAAUCCUAAAGAGCAACAACAACAACAUCAACAACAACAUCAACAAAGACAUCAACUUGUUUAUGUGUAAUGUAUGGGACAGAAUGAUGGUGAUUAGAGAUCCAAAGAGUAAAUGGUACGUUUCCGAGGCGGAAUUUCCAGAAAACUAUUUUGGUCGGUAUUGUUCUGGAUCGGCGUACGCCUACACAACCUCCAUGGUCCCGAUGAUGUUCCGGAUGAGUAGGCACGUCCCAUUUUUCUGGGUCGAUGACUAUUACAUUACGGGAUUGCUUCCAUCCAAAAUGAAAAUUCCCGUCAAAUAUGAGGAGAUAAACCGCUUAUACUUUCUUGCACCAGGACUUUUUCUGGAAAAGUUUUCAAUGAAUGAUGGCGAUGGUGAGGAAAGCAGGCUGGCCAUUGGCCAUUCACACAACAUCAACCAGUUUCUGGCGGUCUGGCGAAUGGUCCUCAAGAAAUAUGCUAAUGCGACUAUGAGUUGA